UGCAAAGACUUGUACGAGGCGGUUUUCAACUUUAUCGUGAAAAUGGUGCAGCGCAGCUUCCGGCGGCGCAAAAAUGAAGAAGACUCGCUGCGUAGCUCUCGGUUGACGUUCACCUUUCCGCACUACGCCGACAAGGUGGUGUACAACGCCAAGGGUUUCAUGGCGAGCAAUCUCGACUUCAUCAGCACAGACUUGCGCUCGCUGCUGCUGCAGUCGAAGUCGCCUAUCAUUGCGGCUUUCUUCAGCGCCGAGAAGGUGGGCGACCGGCGGAAGACCAUUGUGAGUAGCUUCCACGCGGAGAUGAUGUCGCUGAUGCGCAGACUGGCUGCCUCGGCGUGCUACUUCGUGCGCUGCAUCAAGCCAAACAAUGCGCAGGCGCCGAAUGUCUUUGACCAUGCUCUGGUGACGCGGCAGCUGAUGUCGGGCGGCGUUGUGCCCGUGCUCGACAUCAUUCGCCGCGGCUUUCCUUGUCGCAUUCCGUACGCGAAGAUGUUCGUGAUGUACAAACAAGCGCUGAAAGAGCAGUUCGCGUGCGCAUUCACUCCGAAGGAGUUGACGAAGUUGCUGCUUCAAUACAUGCAACUGCCGCCAAACGCGUACAAGCUCGGGCGCACAAAGUCUGGGUUCACCCAGGACAUGGCAGAGCUGGUGAAGCUGAUUCCGCGCAAGGCGCAGAAACUGCUCGUUACGGCGACAGUGCCGCCCGAGUUGCGCACGUUGGAGCUCGAAGAGCGAGUGGAAACGGUCAAGCAGUUUCACGCGCGCCAGAACAACGUGCUCAUCGGCACCGAAGUGGCCGCAAGAGGCAUCGACAUCAACAACUUGGCCUACGUCAUCAACUACUGCAUGCCAGCCUCGCCGCGCAGCUAUAUCCACCGCUGCGGGCGCACUGCGCGGUGCGACAAGUCGGGCACCUGCAUUUCGCUGCUGACCGCUGGCAAUGAACUUCGCAAAGGCCAACUGCUGAAUCUCUGA